CGGCGGAGCGUGCUCUCACACGGAGGCCGGGAGGGCUGGCCUGCAGGAAUGAUCACCAAGACCCACAGAGUAGACCUGGGCCUUGAGCUCCCAGAGAAAAAGAAGAAGAAGAAGAAGAAGAAGAAGGUCCUUGCUAAGGAACCAGAGUCUCAGUACUCGGUUUUAAAUAAUGACAGUUGCUUUGCUGAUAUUUCUCCUAAGAGGACCACGUCCUCCUUUCACAAUGUGGCGGGGCAGGCCUCCGAGAUGCCUCUCGGGAAGAAAAAGAAGAAGAAAAAGAAGGGCCACAGCACCCAUUGUGAGGAGCUCCUAAAAUCUGAGCCCACUUUGUCACAUGCCAGACGGACAAAGUCAUCCAACCCUGGGAAGCAGACCCUUAGCCAUUCAGAGUUCCUCACUGGGGAGAAGAAAAAGAAGAGGAAGUCCUUAUCAAGCACUUCCCACUGCUCAAAGAGGAAGACCUCCCCAGACCGCAGACAGAGUGAGGAGGUGACAAGAGUUGGCAAGAAGCUCAAAAAACACAAGAAGGAGAAAAAGGCCCAGGACACCACAGACUUCUCCAUCCAGGAUCCGUGGCUCUAUGAGGCUGGGGAUUCUGUAUACACCUGCUCAGUGGGGAAGGAGGCUGACGAGCAUGCGGCCUUGGGACAGAAGCGGAAGCAGGGGAGCCCCAGAGAACACAGCAUGAAGAUGAAGAAGAAGAAAAAAGUCCGCCAGGGGGAAGACACCAUCAUAGGCCACUCCAAGCCCUCCAGGUCCAUGGAGAGCAGCCCAAGGAAAGAGAGUAAAAAGAAGCCGGUUAAAGUCGAGGUUCUAGAAUACAUCCCGAUAGGAGACGGCCCUAAGGUCCCAGUGAGGAAGAAAAUGAAGUCCAAGAAAAAGGUAGAGCUGCCCGUUGCUGAGGAGCCAGCUCUGAAAAGGAAGAAAAAGAAGAAGAGGAAAGAGUGUGGAGCAGCAGAAGACCUUUUGGUGGCGGAAUCAGACACAGACUUGGAAGUGGUGUUGGAAAAGAAGGGCAACACGGAUGAGGCCUGCAUUGACCAGAUGAGGCGAAAGGCAUUGCAAGAAGAGAUCGAUCGGGAGUCGGGCAAGACAGAAACUUCAGAACCCCGGAAGUGGAUGGAAACCCAGUUUGGCCAGUGGGACACGGCAGGUUUUGACAAUGAGGAACAGAAACUAAAAUUUCUCAAACUCAUGGGUGGCUUUAAGCAUUUGUCUCCUUCGUUCAGCCGCCCCCCCAGUGCUACUGGAAGGCCCAACAUGGCCCUGAGUAAGAAGGCUGCGGACACCCUGCAGCGGAGCCUGCAGCAGGAUUUCGACCGGGCCAUGAGCUGGAAGUACAGCCGAGGCGCUGGCUUGGGCUUCUCAGCAGCUCAGGACAAAGUCUUCUACAUCGACAGGAAUGCCUCCAGGUCCAUCAGGCUGGAAGAUUAAACACUAGCGUCUUGUCCCCCACACCCCCACAAUGGCUCUCUUCCUCAGCUUUGCAGAAGAAGGCCAUCUGGCAGUUGUCUCGAAUCGAACGCUUGUGAAGGUUCAGGACAACUCUCAUUUUGGGAUUGGACAAUUGGGGCGGGGGCGGCUCAUGGCCAAGGGGGUCAGGAGGAUGUAAGAGGAUAAAGCUUCCUGUUUUCUGCUGAAACCUCCCAUCCAUGUUUGGUGACAUCGGCGUGUAAGUAGCAGUAGCUAAUGUUUGUUGAGGGUGUGGUGCGUGCAGGUUAAUGUGUUUCACCACAUUUCUGCACAGGUGCUAUUCUCAUCCCAUCUAAUACUUGAGGCAGCUGAGGCUCUGGGGUAAAGGAAUAAAAUUUCCCAGGCCACCCACCAGUAAGCACUGUGUGUUGUACUUUUGUAUCACCUCUUACUCUGAAUGCCCCUCUAGGGACUUUCACUGAGAAUACUCUGGGGAUUGACUGAUGGAGGAGGGCAGAAGUUUGGUGAUGUGUAAAUCUCAGCCUUCUGAGUGUUGGGAUUCCAGGUGUGCACAACCACACCUGGCUGGGUUCUUGCUUUUCUUUGUGCAUGAGAACGUCUUAGUCUGUAACCAGAGGAAGUAGGGCAGCCAGGGUGGCAGCAGGCCUUGUCUUCAGGGUGAACUCAUCCCUCUCACGGACCUCCGUUCUCAGGAUACCUAGUCUCUGUGCUUCUAAUGCUCGCCAGGAUCUGGCUUGAGCUACUUUGGCCUCCUUUCCAUGGGCUCAGUGUUCUGCUUAACUUCCCUGUAGUCCAUGUCUUCACCCCACGCAGAACACACCUAUCUCUGGACUUUGGGGGAGGUGGGAUGGGGUGGGAGGUCUGGUACACAGCAAGACCGAGGUCUUAGUUGAACUUGACUGUUUCUCCCUUGGGGGUUUCUGUUUUCACUGGCUGACCCUCUUUUCUAUGACCAGAUCCUUCCCUUCUUACAGCCUUCCUUCAGCUGUCCCCAGCCACAGUUCCAGCUGCCUCAUUCUUGAAGUGAUUCCUGCCCUGAGGCCACAUUUCCACAAGCCCACAGGCCCAUGAAAAGCAUCUGCUGGAGAGUCACAGUUCUCCUGCAUAGUUGUAUUCAGCCCUGUAGACUUAAAACCGUUUGUGUUUGUGGCUGGCAGAGCAGCUCUGUCCGUAUGCUAGGUUACAAAACAGAAGGGAAUUAAGGCUGCUCAUCGGCCUGGCUUAAGUUGGGAGGGUUGGAAGGCAUCCUGAAUGAUCAGAAUGGGCUCUCUUCACAGGGUCCUUAGCUGGAUGAAGGCAGAAGAAUCAGUGUUCAAAAGACUUGAACAAAGAUGGCCAGCCCUUGAAGGGAAAGGAUACAAGCCAAGGAAUGUGGUAGCCUGCAGGGGCUGAAACAGCCAAGACCUUCCACUGUGGCCUCCAAAGAUGAGCAGGCUCUUCUGACAUCUUAAUUGUAGCCCAGUGAGGCUGUCACAUGAUAAAAUGGUCUUGUUUCAAGCCACUUCUUGUGAUUGGUUAAAGUACCAUCAAAGUGAAUGCAGGGGUAGUGCAGAAGUUUCCCUCAUUAGUAUUUUCUUUCCUGAAAUUCUUGCUUGGGUUUUUUAAAAAGCUCUAUCCUUCCUAAUCAGACUGUGCAGAGGCAGCCUCAUUUAGUAGUGGGCUGGGGAAAACUGCACACACAGCACACAGAUCCAAGCCUCCCUGGCUCAGGUGACAUGUCCCAAGUUCCUUGGGUGGCCUGUUCCUGACUAAUGUGAAAGUUGGAGUUUACUGGGCUGGGCUCAGGAACAAAUGCUCUCCACCCCGACAGCCUCAAAAUAGAAGACUUGUGACUAUGCCAGUUUUUCAUUUUAUUAGCACAUAGUGAAAGUGGUUUCAAAUAAUCUUCAUGGAAUAAAGGCCACCUGGGAGUACUGAACGCCACCACGACGCUUCUGCAUUUCUGUGUUUUGUUCAUUAGAGGGGAGAAAGGGAGGGAUUCUUUCUUUAGCAUCUACUGUCUUUGUGAAGGCCAUAAUUGGCCCCAAAAUCACAGUGGUAGACUUGGUCCUAAACUAUUGAGUAAGAACAUGAGUUUGUAGAUUUAUUUUUAGAAAAUUUUAGUGUCUUACUUUCUGAGGUUAGCUGUGUGUUAAUCCUUUCUCAGAGUAAAGAUGAAAUGUAAUCCA